CGAUUUCGGUCAAUCCGAGCAGAGUCGAUGAAGCGCGCGCAUCGGUCCGUGGUGCUGCUACUUCAAAGCAUGCUUGGCAUGGACGUCAAGAUCGAGUUAAAGACUGAAUACACACUCGAAGGUCGAGUAGAAGAAGUAGGUGAAGGAAACAUGGAUGUUCGCCUCACGGGUGUCAAACAAACUUCACCACAGGGAGCGAUUGUACACCUCGACGAAGUGUUUGUGAUGGGGAAAAUGAUCUUGUUUGUGCACUUGCCAGACAGGCUGAACGUUGCUGCUCAUUUACGAGACUACAUGCAUUUGGUGGACAAAAACAAGAACUUGUACCAGCGAUCCACGCGAAAACCCCCGACCAAGCCACUUGUCGCCACAUCUCGUGCAUAAUACGCAAUCCACGUCUUGACGUCUCCAGUUGCUGUAGCUGACUUCUGUAAUGCUGUUCAUCAUCGCUAACAAUGACCAUAGUAUCUUGUGUGUGGAAACACUUCAUUCGAUCGCUUCGACAAGGCACUUCACGCAUGUAAGACAAUAUGCUGAGCUGUUCCAGGCCGUCUGGACUCACCGCGGCGGCAUUGCACCCAUCUAUUCGUGUGGAUCGUGCCGCCAGCCACAUCGGCCACAGCGCUC